CUCAACAUGGCAUCUACAGACACAUAUGCCGGGGCGCAACCACUCAACCUAGCCGAAUACCCUACUGCGCAAGAAUUCGUGGCUCGCUGCUAUGAGUUUUUCCGCGAGGUCAAGCAUUUAACUCCCGGCAAAGAUCUAGAAACCCGACUAAAUCGCGACUACGGCCUAGGCAACGAAUACUACGAAGACUUCUGUCGCUAUAUCAAACAAGGACUGAAGGAAGGCUGGGUAGCCAAGGACGAACUCGACGGACCCAAAUACCGACGAGGACGCAUUAUAGCCCCUUGCGAGGAAUCACUCUUCAUCAGCAUCACCACUGUCUACAUGGAGUCGCAGGACAUAUAUCGUGGUCAAUACCACAAACAUCCCUACGGCGAGAUCAAUUGUGUUGUUCAGCUUGACGACAGUGCCGAGUUGAUGGGUAUGCAGGGUUGGCAGGGUAAAGGGUGGACGAGUCCUGGUCCUGGAACCCAUCAUUAUCCUGAGGUGCGUGGUGGUGCGCUUGUCGCUUUGUUCUUCCUUCCAGCGGGCAGAAUCUCAUAUGAUGCUAAACCUGGCGAGGCUCAACCGAUUGCCGUGUGA